AUGAAGGUACGCCAGGACCGAGGAGGCGGAUGCUUUCAUGUCAUGAUUGUGCAUGAAUGGGUCACCAUAUCUGCUCCUGAGCACGGCCUCACAAACGUGUCCGUGUUGUUGGAUGGAAGACACGUCGGAGGAAGUCCCUUCGUGUAUGGAACUCAACACCAGUUUUGGGUGCGACCGAGAAACGGGAAAGGAACGAAGGAGAAAGAGCUGAAGGCAAAUCAACGGACAGCGAAACUUCCUGGGGCCUUCGUUACCCUUGUGGCAACAGACGAGUUUGCACUGGGAACAUUGGUCCUCGCGUACUCUUUGACGAAAGUUGGCUCAAAGUUUCCAUUCAUUGCCAUGAUAACGAGCAAGGUCUCUAAACACGUUCACUCCAUGUUCCGCCAUGCUGGGAUUGUCGUCAAGGACGUUGAUGCCGUCUCGAACCCGUUCGCCUCCUUCAAGCAGAAGUUGGAGGAGAAGUCAUGGGAGCAGGUGUACACGAAGAUGCAAGCUUGGACCCUUGUGGAGUAUGAGAGGGUUGUGUUCCUUGAUGCUGAUCAACUGGUCGUCCAAAACAUUGACGAGCUCAUGCAGUGGCCUCUCACUCAGAAUUUCGCUGCCAUUCCAGAUGUUGCCCCUCCUAUUUUCUUUAACAGCGGCUUCAUGCUGCUCGAGCCAAACUUGGAGACUUUCAAAGACAUGCAGGAGAAGAUGCACAAACUUCCCUCUUACGACGACGGAGAUCAAGGCUUUCUCAAUGCGUACUUCGGACAGGUAGAAAGAAACUAUGGGUUAGACGAGGACGAGGACGAGGACGAGGACGAGGACGGGGACGAGGACGGGGACGGGGACGGGGACGGGGACGGGGACGGGGAGAUUCUGAGUUCUGUUUCAGCGAUGGGAUCGUCUCCCUUACAUCUACAAUUUCGUCAAAAGCAAGACAGGAAAUCCCGAAGCCUUUUACUGGCUCCUUGA